UCCGCCCUCCUCCCUCUCUUCAGCUCACCCUCUCUCUUCCUGAGUUUACUCUGUUGUUGGCGUUCGCGUUGACUGGCCAGAGUCCGCGAGCUAAUCACCCCGGUUCUUUUUGGUCUGCCACCCAACUCUUCAUCUAACCCUACUUUCCUUCAUCUGUGUUGGCCUCUGGAUUCAGUCAUAACCUCACAAGACUUAACCAUUGGUUGAUCACAUCACUUCCUGGUCUGGUCUAACAUUUAAUUGGCCAUGGCAUACCAUAGCUUCUUGUUGGAACCAAUAAGCUGCCAUGCUUGGAACAAGGACCGAACCCAGAUCGCCCUGUGCCCCAACAACCAUGAUGUUCACAUCUACGAGAAGGAUGGAACUAAGUGGACCAAGCUUCAUGAGCUGAAGGAACAUAACGGGCAGGUGACAGGUAUUGACUGGGCUCCAGAGAGUAAUCGUAUAGUGACAUGUGGAGCAGACCGUAAUGCCUAUGUGUGGACCCAAAAAGAAGGUGCCUGGAAGCCCACCCUGGUCAUCCUCAGGAUCAACCGAGCAGCACGUUGUGUGAAAUGGUCUCCGCGAGAGAACAAGUUUGCUGUCGGUAGCGGCUCACGCCUCAUCUCCAUCUGCUAUUUUGAGCAGGAAAACGACUGGUGGGUCUGUAAACACAUCAAGAAGCCUAUACGCUCAACCAUCCUCAGUCUGGAUUGGCACCCCAACAACAUCCUGCUGGCUGCUGGCUCUUGUGACUUUAAAUGCAGGGUGUUCUCAGCCUACAUAAAGGAGGUUGAGGAGAAGCCAGGCCCCACUUCCUGGGGCAGCAAGAUGCCGUUUGGAGAAAUGCUGUUUGAGUCAGCUGGGAUCGGGACAGGUGCUGUGAGUCACACCGGAGGUGGAGGUGGCGGCUGGGUUCACAGUGUGUGUUUUUCACACUCAGGAAACCGCCUGGCUUGGACAUCUCAUGACUCCACUGUAGCUGUCGCCGAGGGAGGCAAGACAUGCACGGUCAGCAGUCUGAGUUCUGAGACCCUUCCUCUGCUGUGCAUCACCUUCAUCACUGAGAACAGCAUAGUUGCCGCUGGCCAUGACUGCUACCCAGUACUAUUUGUGUAUGACAGUGCUAAGGCCAGCCUGUCAUUUGGAGGGAAGCUGGAGGUUCCCAAGCAGGCGGCCCAGAAAGGCAUCAGUGCCAGGGAACGUUUCCAGAACCUGGACCGUCGGGCCUCGUCCACUCAGGCCACUGAAAAUGUCCUGGACACUCUGCAUAAGAACAGCAUCAGCCAAAUCUCUGUGCUGGAGGGUGGCCGGAGCAAGUGUACCAAGUUCUGCACUACUGGCAUGGAUGGAGGAAUGGCCAUCUGGGAUGUCAAGACCCUGGAGUCUGCCAUGAAGGACUUGAAGAUAGUCUGAAACCAGUAUCUUCUAUAAUACCCAACGACAGCUUAGCUUCUGCCUUUCUCUCCCUUUUCCCCUUUCUACUCUUCUCUCGUCUCAUGUUAAGCUUCUUAGCAAUAUUUUUUUUUUAAUCAGGUAUUUUUAUACUGUUAAAGAGUCAGAUUUGGGUCAAACAGUUGGCCUAGUUGAAACCCAGUUGAAAGCCUAUUUCCUGCUUGGUGGCACUUGUCAAGCACGUGCUCAGAAGAAAAGCGAAACAUACACAACAGUAGAUUUGACAUAGGUCUGCAAAUGGUACUUACGUAAUGAGUAAGACUCAUAUCGUCAUCAAAAGCUGAUUAUGAGCUAAAUGCUUAAAGCAGGUAUUUUAUUACAGUCAUGUUUAAAUGCUGCAGUACCUGUUAAAUGCUUAUGCUGGUCAUAAUAUGCAUUUAAUAAAUACUUACUGUUACAGUA